ACGCACGAGGCAGCAGUCAGCACAGCAGUAGAGUGAGUGAGUACAAAUCCUCACCUGCUCCCCUGCUUCCUGGUUUUCGUCCCCACCUGCCUUCCCCAUUCUCUCCCGUGACUCAUCCAUCCAGUCCAGUCCACCCGCCACUCCACGCAGGAGGAAGGGGAACGGCGGCGGCGGCGGAGGAGUGACGGCAGCGGGGCAAGAUGGCGAGGAAGCCGCUGGACUACGAGGAGCUGAACGAGAACGUCAAGAAGGUGCAGUACGCGGUGCGCGGGGAGCUCUACCUCCGCGCCUCCGAGCUCCAGAAGGAGGGCAAGAAGAUCAUCUUCACCAACGUCGGCAACCCGCAUGCUCUCGGCCAGAAACCGCUCACCUUCGGGCGCCAGGUGGUGGCGCUGUGCCAGGCUCCGUUCCUCCUCGAUGAUCCCCACGUCGGCCUCAUGUUCCCGGCGGAUGCCAUCGCUAGGGCCAAGCACUACCUCGCCAUGGCUAAGGGCGGUCUAGGUGCGUACAGUGAUUCCCGUGGUAUCCCUGGAAUUAGGAAGGAAGUUGCUGACUUCAUCUACAAGCGUGAUGGAUAUCCGACUGAUCCAGAACUCAUUUACCUGACAGACGGUGCCAGCAAAGGUGUGAUGCAAAUACUGAACACCAUCAUCAGAAACGAGAGGGAUGGGAUCUUGGUCCCUGUUCCUCAAUACCCACUUUAUUCUGCUUCCAUUGCCCUAUAUGGUGGUGCUCUGGUCCCGUACUACUUGGAAGAAGAGGCUAACUGGAGCCUUGACUUUGUAAAUAUCCGAAAAACAGUGGCAGAGGCACGGUCGAAGGGAAUCACUGUUCGAGCAAUGGUGAUUAUAAAUCCAGGAAAUCCCACUGGCCAAUGCCUUAGUGAACCGAAUAUAAAGGAAGUUCUGCAAUUUUGCUACCAUGAAAACUUAGUUCUGCUUGCAGAUGAAGUGUAUCAGCAGAACGUCUUUCAAGAUGAGCGCCCAUUUAUAAGCUCAAGAAAGGUUAUGUUCGACAUGGGCCCGCCACUAAGCAGGGAGCUUCAGCUUGUUUCUUUCCACACUGUGUCCAAAGGGAACUGGGGAGAGUGUGGACAACGUGGUGGAUACUUUGAAAUGACAAAUCUUCCUCCCAAGACAGUAGAUGAGAUCUACAAGGUUGCAUCAAUAGCACUGAGUCCAAAUGUUCCUGGGCAAAUUUUUAUGGGAGUAAUGGUUAACCCUCCGAAACCUGGAGAUAUCUCAUACCCCAAGUUCGCCGCUGAAAGCAAGUCCGUCCAUGAAUCUUUGAGGAGGAGAGCACGCAUGAUGACAGAUGGUUUCAACAGUUGCCGAAAUGUCGUGUGCAAUUUCACAGAAGGUAGCAUCAAAAUUCUAAACUUUGUCGAUUUGCAGCAAUUAGAGUAUGGUUAUUGCUUACUUGAUUCUCUUGCAAUUGAUUGUGUUGUUGCAGGAGCUAUGUACUCUUUCCCCCAAAUAAGGCUGCCACCAAGAGCCAUUGAGGCGGCAAAAAGAGCUGGCAAAGCAGCAGACGUUUUCUACUGUCUAAAGCUCCUGGAGGCAACAGGAAUUUCCACUGUUCCGGGCUCUGGUUUUGGGCAAAAGGAAGGGGUGUUCCACCUUCGGACAACUAUCCUUCCAGCUGAGGAAGACUUCCCUGCCAUCAUGUCGAGCUUCAAGAAGUUCAACGACUCAUUCAUGGAGCAAUACGAGGGCUACUCCAGAAUGUGAACAAGAACAGAAACAAGAUAUACUGAAGGAUCGGCUGAGAGAUUCGUUGUUCCAGUCUCAGCACAAAUGGAGCGUUUCUGAAGAUAUUCAAUUGAAAGUUGAUUAGUUGUAACUCUCUUAAAAAGAAGCAAUUGCUGCCUUUGAAGAUAUGUAUAGGGAACGGAAGUUCUGUGGGUUAUUAUUGAAUAACGAUCUGCCAUUUUCUUCUACUGCCAUAGUAUAGUCUUGUACCUGCUGGAAGAUGUACGCUGCUGCUGCUGUUGGACCACUAUGCCAUACAAAUAUACAACUAUCACAGUUGACAACAGUCUA